GAGCGGGUGCGGCGUCCGCGCUGCCCGCUAGGCUGGGUGUCGUUGGGCUCCGAGGAGCGCAGGCGAGGGCGGCGCGGGCGGCCUGGUGUCGGGCACGGCCAUGGCGGGCGCGCUGGUGCGGAAAGCGGCGGACUAUGUCCGGAGCAAGGAUUUUCGGGACUACCUCAUGAGUACGCAUUUCUGGGGCCCUGUAGCCAACUGGGGUCUUCCCAUUGCUGCCAUCAAUGACAUGAAGAAGUCUCCAGAGAUUAUCAGUGGGCGGAUGACAUUUGCCCUCUGUUGCUACUCGCUGACCUUCAUGAGAUUCGCCUACAAGGUGCAGCCCCGGAACUGGCUCCUGUUCGCCUGCCACGCCACCAACGAGGUAGCGCAGCUGGUUCAGGGAGGACGCCUCCUCAGGCACGAGAUGAGUAAAAAGGCAUCAGCCUAACAGCGGGAGAGGAGAAGCCAGGGGUGUGGAGGGACGGCCUUGCCGGCGCCGCCGGGUCACGGAUUCCAUCCUCAGAAUAGUCUUGCUGAGAAAAUAAGCUGAAUGCUAUUUUUACUAACCAAUUUUUCUAGAAAUAGCUGAGAGUCCCUAAAACAACUCUCUGCUGCCUUACACGCCCUGAACAUCCUUCUUCUGUGAUGGUUUUAUCUGCAGUAAUGCAUAUAUUACUUGGUAGAAUUUACUUAAUGGGUAACUGAAGAGAGAAAAUUGGGAUUUUUUAGACACCAAUGGCUGGCCACGGGCCCUGUCUCUGCUAGUGGUCGAGAGCGUGUCUGGGCUUCCGUGCGGCAUGCCUCCACAAGUGCUGGAACUUAAUGGCAAUAAAUGAUUUAAAUACUCAUCAAACGA